AGAAAAUACAUGGUGCUGUUCGCAAUUUAGAAAAAACAACAAGAGGGAUUCUGGCAGUUUUACAAGCUGUUCAUCAUAGUUCACAGCAAAAAAGUAAGAAUUUUUCUUACUUUUCAUCAUCCUUAUAGGUUUGACUGGUAGUUUAGUUUGGAGCCGUUUCAUUGCCAGAAUUAAUAAUUCCAAUCAGGAAGAUCUUGUUUUAAUUACGCAACACAAAACAAUAGUUUAGUGAUUGCUAUCCACACCUAUAUACAAAGAACUUAAAACAUUGUUGUGUCAUCCAAACUAAGUAUGGUCUAACCAGUUUACGAGGAGUUAAUUUGCCUUAUAUGAACACAUUUAAAUUUAAUAAAUCAUGGAAUAACUUUAUCCAUGUCGGUAUUUUUUCUCAUGGACCAUCCUUUUCAGGCCAUUUUUAUCUGGAUGGUCCACCUUCUAAUUCCUCUAGCACUCCUCCCAGCUAGGAAAUGAACAGUCUCUAAUGUCUCUCAGCGGCUCUUCAUACCCUAUUAAUUAUCAUACCAUCUCACACCGUUGCUCCCCUUACCUACUUAGGGAAUGGAAGAAAUAAGGUAUUGCGAGUAUGUGUAACAAAUAGAAUUUAAAUAAUAGAACAAUGUAGUGUUAAGUAUCGUUUAAAUUUUUUAUCCCAUAGAUAUAUCUGCAAUUUGCCAACAAGCAGAAGAAAUGUUUGGAGCUCUAAAAUUACAAUUUUCCGAGCUUAUUUUGUUGAUUCCAGCUGGACAAUAUUAUAGGUAGUGGAGCAUGAUGAUUAUUAAGGGGAUGCUUAUAUACGCAGUAGAGCUAGCCAGGUUUUUUAUUUCCUUAGCGACUGUUUACAUGAUUCUGCAUUACCGAGAUGGGAUGAAAAGUGGGAUGUUUUCGAAACAUUGAAAUAAGUCAGUAUAAAGAACAUACAGCAAGAAAAAUGUUUUUUAAGGUUUUAGGUUUUAAUCAAUUCAGUGCUAACUAAAGUGAAUGGUAGCAGGUCGCUGAACAGAGCACUAGCCCUAAAUGAUUACAGCCACCAAUAUAUAAACUAUCUAAAUACAUGCAAUAAAAUACAACUGUCAUCAGGUAAAUAAUGCGAAAUUAUUUGCAAAUAAAUAUCUAAUUGAAACUAGUUCAGAAGCCAUUAAUUUCUGCUCACUUGAGAAUCUAUAAAGUAUAUAAAAGGCAUUCAUUUCUUGUCUCGAUUAAUGAAUUUCCUGUAACGGCUAACUUUUUCCUGUAACGGCUAACUUAAUGUUCGUCGUACUUUUUACUGCAGGAGGCAAACAGUUCCACUAACGUACAGCUUUUGGGAAAAAUGAAUGACCAAAAUAAUCUAUUUUCUAUCUGAAUUCUAACAAUUUGUUGUGGUGAAAUGCUUUUUAAUUGCAACACAACUCAGGCUUUAUCUCAACAUAUUCUUCAAGGUUUCAAUCAAAUUCAUCCCACCUCUCAUCCAUUCGUCCUAAAGGCGCAUUUCCACUCAAGAAAAAUUUGCACGGACAGAAAAUUUUCCGAAAAUAUCAUUGUUAAAAGUUGAAAAUUUUCAACUUCAAAAUUUUUUCCGACGGAAAAUUUGUGUCGGCCAAUCACAUUUUACAAAAUUUUCUUUCUGCGGAAAAUUUUCCUGAGCGGAAAUGGGCCUUAACAAGGCAAUUAUAGCGGAACCAUGUAACCGGGUCCUAAUAUUGCUAUGAUAGGCUAUGUUAUGAAUAUUUAGAAACAGCUGCGGUAUUAAGGAUAUUCAACUACUUGAAAAAUAUAAGCAAAAUUAAGUCAUAUUAAGUUUGAAAUUUUACUUCUAUUUCAAGGUUUCAUGAUCACUGGAGGUUUGUGAGUCAAAGAGCGUCUUUUCUUGCUUCAUUUCUUGUUUAUUUACAGUUCGACAGGUUGAUAACGCGAGAAGAAGUUGCUACUAUGCUUGGAAGUAAGUAAAUGCUCAAGUGCAUUAUAUUUAAGGUCGAUUACAUAGGGUGUGGUAAUUGUGAUUGCCUACUUAGCCUUUCUCACGAUGACGAAUAUCCGUCAUUUUUGGAUGGCAUCUAAUUCUCGUUAACCAAUGCAGACAAUUAAAACAAUGUGAAAAGCAAUUUUUCAAAAUAAACUAAGUUAACUAACCAUUUACAAAGCAAAUCACAAAAGCAAACCAAUUAUAUAAGAGUUUAUAUUAAUUAGAUAUAUUCAACCAAUCAAUCCAUUGAAAAUUAAUUGAUCAUCUUAUUUAACUCUUAGCCAGUGAUUGUUAUAUUGUACCUGCCUCGUACCCAGGCGCUUUGGUUUGUUUACGUCAUUAAGCGCACCUGGGACGAAUUAAUCAACGCGGCCCACGCAAAGGCCGCGCAAGCCAUAGAACAACACAUAGCGCCUGGGUACGAGGCUGAUAUUGUACUAGAAAUGUCUAUACAACUAUAUUAGAAAAAAGUUUGGGUGAAAUAUGUCAAGCACAAAAAUAACGCAUUUUAUUGCUAGAAUUUAUUUUUUGUAGUCAAAGUUAAACGUGAAGAAGGAUUUCAUAUUGACCUAGACGACUUUCUUACUGGAUUAUUGUUGCUAGCCAAUGAAUUGGUAAGUAACAUUACCAUGAACUGCUGCCGUGUGAAGGAUAUACAGGGUGUCUCAAAAAAACGCAAUGGAAAUUCAACAGGCUGUCGUGCAUCAUAAACUUUGCUAAACAAUUCAAUUUUUACAUAGAACGAAAGAGCUGUUAUUUAGCUUUUCUAUGAUACCUUUUUUAAAUCGUAACGAUGAGAAAUGGCCACAUACUCGUCAAAUAAAAAUUGCCUGUCGAAAUCACAUUCUUCCACUGUUGGGAACUGAAAAUAUAUUAAUUAUGCAAAGUUAAUCAAUCCAAAAGCAACGUGAGCCUGCUGCAAGCUAUUUGUUUCGUAAAACGUUUUGAUUACGAAUGUUCUCUGUUCAGUGGUUAAUUGAACCAAUUGUUUAAUGGACGUUCUUAUUGUUUCAUUAAGACGAAGAUUGACGAGUUGAGCUCAUUUUAGAUAACUUAACAUUCAAUUUUAAUUCCCUCUUGGGAAUUGUCUAUGUUUCGUUUUCGAUGCAAUUCCCAACGGUGGAAGAAUGUGAUUUCAACCGGCAAUGUUUUUGACGAGUAUGUGGCCAUUACUCAUCAUUACGAUUUAAAAAGAGUAUCAUUGAAAAGCUAAAUAACUGUUCUUUCGUCCUAUGUAAAAAUUGAAUUGUUUAGCCACGUUUAUGAUGCACGACAGCCUGAUGAAUGUUCAUUUCGUUUUUUUAGACACCCUGUACAACUACCUGAAAAAUAUAAGCAGAACGUCGACAAAGGUCCUUCGUCAGGAAGUUACGUCGACGUUCUGCUUAAUAUCUUUUUCAGGAAAUGGGCAAUUCCAGCAAAAGACUAAAUUUUGAUCUAGGCAAGAAGAACAAAAUCCAUCACCACAGCUAGAAAGAGCAUGUUAAAAUUAGUAAAUUUACAAAGUUUGGUUGCGAAAUGGUGUAAAAUGCGUAUUAAUUUGUAUUACGCACGGGAAAAUGCACCACAUUUGGGCUACAUUUUCCUCAUUUUACAACAUUUCGCGGCCAAACUUUGUAAUUUUACUAAUUUUAGCAUGCUCUUUCUAUAUAGCUGUGGUGAUGGAUUUUGUUCUUCUUGCCUAGAUCAAAAUGUAGUCUAUAGCUGGAAUUGCCCAUUGUAUAUUCACACCGCCAUUGUCUGUUACUGUCUCUAUUUUACUGUAAUAGCAAAUUCCUAUUUAUCUGUUACUCUAAGCAGAUCACCUGGUUAAAAUUUGAGGUUCAACUGGUUUUUCAAACAUACACUUUCUCCAAAAACGAUCGGUUUGUCUUUAUAAUAAAAAUCGAGAUUUUGGUGCAUUUCGUUCGAUAGAACUAACCGUGGCAAGGUUUGUACUACAGAAUGUUUGGCAUCACACAGGACGUAGACAAAGUGGGGUCUUACAAACAAUGUUAUCAAGAGGCUAGUGGAUUAUGGGAAUUUCGAAAGUUAUUAACUUGUGAGGCCAAUGUGGAAGGAAAUGCGGCGAAUUGGAGGCAAAUGUAUGACAAAUGUGGAGACAGAUGUGGCGAAUGUGAAGACAGAUGUGGCGAAUAAGGGAAUAAAAUUGUUAACUUGCGCAAGUUGACGCACUUGCAUGGAAAUAUCGAGAAUAUGAAGUAAGAAAAACCCCGAGAAAUAAAAAACGUAGCAAAUGUAGAAAGAAAAGUACAAGACUGAUUAUUUUUGCUGGAGGUGCUGUAAAUACCUCCGUCCAGAUCUUUAAUUGGCCUCAAAGAACAUGGUCACCAGAGCAAUCCAUGCCAGUAUAGUGAAUCAAUGGAGAGCGACUUCAUUUGUGCAGGCCAUGCAUCACGUGACACAUAGCUGGACUGGACGUACUUUUGUUUUCCCCUGACUAUUUUGAUGAUAUACAUCAACAUAUUGUCACGAAAUAUUUCCGUGCUGUGCUCUUUCAUGCCAUUUUCACCACAAAUAACUAUAAACUGAUCGUUAUAUAAAGAUCAGUUGAUAGUUACUGUUGGUGAUAUAUGUCGAUCGUUGGCGAAAGAACUGGGAGAUGCAAAGACAAAUCUGGGAGAUGAAAAAAGUCUUACUGUAUAUAUACAAAGAAGAAUGGUUGACAGUAAACAGUUGCCGAAAUUGCGGGAAGUACUGAGUAUUUUAAUCAAAUACAAUACAGCAGUCACUCCGAAAACGGUAAUUAUUUUGAUGGUUUUACUCGACGUUUCGACUAGAUUUUAGUCAUGAGCAGGAAUAAUGGAAAUUACUACAUGUCAUGUAUUUGUGUGUACAAGUGAAGAAACAUGAGAAGUACUAUAUAUAAGGUCAUUAGUUAAAUAUUAUUAGUUCUUUAGAAGCUUUAGUUAGGAUUCGUAUCGCAAGCGAUUCCUUGAACAGUAAUAAAGGCCAUGCAGCGGUCAGCUCUCUCACCACUGAAAAAGUUAAGCCCAGUUAGGGCUUAUAGUAUUUUCGUAGUUUUCUUCUGUGCUUCGAGCGUUUUCUUCCGUGUAUUCCGGCUUUCCUCCCUCUUAAAAAUCAACACACUUGGUAAUACAUAUGCAAGAAAGUGUAAUCAGGGAUGGAUCCAGCAUGAUCUGGUAGGGGGGGGGAGGGUGCUCUGCCAGCUCUGGUGCCGAGUUGUGUCGGUCAUGUACCCCGCCAGCCCAUCAACUUGCUUGACUACUGAAAAGUCUUGCUUGACUACUGUAUUUGAAUUGUAAUUCACAGUUCGCUUAUCAUCAUGUUAUUACUCAAAUUACUGUAUCUCAUUUUGUCUCUUAUAUUUUUUUGCUUUAUCAUGAAAAAUAGCACCCACCGCACCCCUCGGGCAGGGCUAGGGGGUGCACAUCCCCCCAAUAAAUCCAUCCUUGAGUAUAAGGUAUGUACCAGCCUUUGGUUGCCUCACUCAGACCUGCCCUAUCAAUAAAAAAGGAAAUUGUUAAAUAGGGUUAACGUCACGAUUUCCAUUUCAAGGAAAGUAUGCAUACGCUCCAUGUGUAUAUUUUACAAUUAUUGAAAAGAAAGAAUAUACAUAAUAUAUUAGGGGCCAUUCACAAAGGAUAUCCGGCCAAAUGAUGGAUUUUCAGACCCCCCUCCCCCCCUUGUCCGGCAUUGUCCGAAUUAGUGACCCCCCCCUCCCCCCGGACAUCCGCCAUGCCUCGCAAAAACUCACGCAACCUUGUAUAUUUCAAGAGUAAAAAACUUUUUUUACUUUUAGAACUUUUUUAUAACUGUAAAUGUGAACACAAAAACAUAUAAAUUACUAAUUAAAACAAAAUCUAGUGUUAACCGCAGAGUCAAAAUGCCAAUUUCACAAUGGGAAGGACUGCUCAAAAUAGAGGGAAAAAGAAAUUUGUUUUUGAAUUUUUUUAAAUUUCGGACAUCCGGAUUGCUAAAACCCCCCCCUCCCCCCCUAUGUCCGAGUUUGUCCUGAUUUUCCAAACCCCCCUCCCCCCCUUGGCUCGGACAUCCUUUGUGAAUGGCCCCUUAGAGUCUUGAUGUGGUAUGGUAGUUCCACUACAGUUUUGAUAUUAUUAAAUUGUCCACGUGAUGAAUAUGGUUAUUUAAAUUCAUGAUUGAGUCGGUUUUCUUUGAUGCACCAAGGUGAUUAUUUUUAAUAAUCACCUUGAAUAUUAAUUAGCUCACGGUUAAUAGGUCUAGGUCUAUUAACCGUGAUUAGCUGAAAAGAUGAAGGAAAAGUCAGAAAAUCGUCGUUCAAAGUAGACGAAACAGACAAAACUUUGUUGGAAAACCUCUUCAACCAUGAGUUAAAUAUGAUAAACACCUCGAAAGUCGAGAAAUCCCUCCUUCUCGGUGUUUAUCCUAUACAUAACGUGCGUUGCGGCCUGGACAUGUAAACUUGCAGAUGACAGAACUUCGAUAGUUUGCUGGGUAAGUUAUUUUAACGAGACAAAGGAGCUUCUAAAGCGUCUACAUUCGGAAAUUGAUCAUUAUAUAUGCAGCCCUUGCAACCCUUACUGAAACCAUAGAUAUCUUAUAUACACCAGAUAGCGCAUCUCUUUUAGUAAAAUUGAAGCCAAGAAUAUUCCAGCGGUUACCCCCAUUUGAAUAGAUGGCGGCCAUGUUGGAGUUUCCCACUCGCUAAUAAACGCUUAAAAAACAACAAUAACUUUCAUCAUUUGAAUAGUUUGAAAAUGUAUUUGGAAUAGGUUUAACUUAAUGUUUAAGUUCCCUGUUUAAGAAAUAGAAAACAUAUAGGAGUCUCCUCAUUUCAUGGGAAUAUUCUGAGUCUGCAAUCACGGCUUCAAUUUUUGAAUUGCAGUAUAAUUAGAUGCACCAUCUAGUAUAUAUAAGAUAUCUAUGACUGAAACCCACGAAUUCGACCUGUGAACAAGUUAAAAACUGUAUAGUUGAUAGUGUAUUUUGUGGCAAGCCUAUACUUAUUGUGUCUCUAUAUUUUAUGUUCUCUCUAGUCGAGAUUGGCAGUAAACUGUGUGACAGCUGAAGAAUAUCAGCGACCUCAAAAGAUUGCUUCGUUUGUUUCGGAAUUGGACGCUGGCUUUCGGUUACUAAAUCUCAAGAAUGAUUCUUUAAGGAAAAAGUUCGAUGGAUUAAAAUAUGAUCUUAAGAAAAUCGAAGAAGUAGUGUAUGAUAUUAAGAUAAGAGGUUUAAUAAAGUCAUAAUAAUUAUUUGCC